UGUGACUGUAAAGCUAAAGCGAACAUAAGACGUUACGUUGCUAAGAUAGUAACGUUAGUUAGCUGAGCCUUGGUGGGAGUCGGCUCCUCCCCCAUGUUGCUCAGCUGUCCUUGUCAGAUAACGAUAAACGUUACGUGCUCAUGUGUGACCAGAGGCGGGCUUAAUUGUUUAUUUUUUUUAAUCAACGAAACAGUUUUAUUACAGGCUCUUCAUACACUGCUGUGGUCCGUUAACGGUUUAUUCUCUGACAUAUUCAUCUAAAGUCCAACAAGCUGUCAUGGCCACAGGUGGGGCCCCAGGGCCAGGGGCCGCCCAUUGGGCCACCAAGGUGGAGCUGACCAUCUCCUGUGAGAACCUAAUGGACAUGGACGUCUUCUCAAAGUCUGACCCUCUGUGUGCCUUGUACAUCAACACAGGCUCCCACUGGUAUGAGUUUGGACGUACAGAGAUGAUCCUGAACUGCCUGAAUCCAAAGUUUACCAAGAAAUUUGUGCUCGACUACUAUUUCGAGAUGGUGCAGAGGCUGAAGUUCUGCGUGUAUGAUAUUGACAAUAACACCUACGACCUGGAUGAUGAUGACUUUCUGGGGGAGCUUGAAUGUACCCUGGGCCAGAUCGUCUCUAACAAGCAGAUGACUCGGUCUUUACUGCUGAAGAACAAGAGGCCUGCGGGGAAUGGCACCAUCACAAUCUGUGCUGAGGAAAUAACGGACACCAGAGUGGCAAACAUUGAGGUGUCAGCCCGCAAGUUGGAUAAAAAAUGGCUGUGGUGGUCCGACCCUUUCCUGGAAAUCUUCAGGCAAACAGAAACUGGCUGGCAGCUCGCUCACAGGACAGAGGUGGUGUACAACAACCUCAGCCCAAUAUGGAGACCCUUCCGCAUCUCAUUGCGAGCUCUCUGUGGAGGUGAUGUGGAGAAACCCAUAAAGGUCGACUGUUACGACCAUCACGUCAACGGCUCCCAUGACCUCAUUGGGACCUUUAAAACCACACUUGCGGAGAUGCAAGUGGGAACACACAUCUCCCCGGUUGAAUUUGAGUGCAUUUCCCCAAAAAAGUUGAGGAAGAGAAACUACAAAAACUCUGGGGUCAUUUGUGUCAAGAGCUGCCAGGUGGUGAAGGAGUAUACCUUCCUGGAUUAUAUCAUGGGGGGUUGUCAAAUCAACUUCACUAUUGCCAUUGACUGCACAGGCUCUAACGGGGAUCCCAGGACUCCCCAGUCACUUCACUACAUCAACCCUGAGGGCUAUAAUGAAUACCUGACGGCCAUCUGGGCGGUGGGUAACGUCAUCCAGGACUAUGACAGCAAUAAGAUGUUUCCUGUCUUUGGUUUUGGAGCCAAGGUCCCUCCCUCCUUCCAAGUCUCCCAUGAGUUUCCUAUCAAUUUCAAUCCAACAAAUCCAUUCUGCGCGGGCAUAGAGGGUGUGGUGCAGGCCUACCAGGAGUGUCUACCUCAGUUGAAGCUCUGGGGCCCCACCAACUUCGCUCCGAUUAUCAACCAUGUGGCCUGCUUUGCCAGACAAGCUCUCCGGCAGAAUAUGGCCUCACAAUACUUCGUGCUGCUCAUCAUCACAGACGGAGUCAUCACAGACAUGGACCACACACGCACUGCUAUCGUGGAGGCCUCUCGUCUGCCCAUGUCUAUCAUCAUAGUGGGUGUGGGCGGGGCAGACUUCAGCGAAAUGGAGUUCCUUGACAGCGAUGACAAGUUGCUGAGUUCGCCCAGGGGUGACGUCGCCGCGAGAGAUAUCGUCCAGUUUGUGCCCUUCAGGGAUUUCCAAGGAAGCAGCGUGGCCCUUGCCCAGAGCGUCCUGGCGGAGCUGCCUGAUCAAGUGUCGUCCUUCUUCAAUACUUACAAGCUGAAACCCCCGAAUUUAUUCAAUGAUCCUGACCCCUCCUAGAAAAAUGGGCUAAAUUAACCCAAAUACCUCAUAUUUACUACUUAUAUGCAUCUCCUUCACCCUCUUUCUGUAUUUACUGUUUGGAAUGGCAUACAUGAAUGCAAAGACAUGAAUGAGGGUAAGAAAUAAACCAAAAAUAUAUGUUACUAACCUCAAACAUGUGCCUGGAAUUCUCAGCAAUGUUGAUAGAAGAGUUGCUGUGACCAAGAGACAUGAUAGCUUGUAUAGUGCAUGUACAACUUGACAUGUUGGUACGGCUUUGUUGAU